AAAUUGCUAAAUCAUGAGUAAUAGAUGUGCAAUGCAUUGUUCAUUAUUGCACUAUAACAGAAUUGAUUGCAUCAUACAAGACUCCACUGAUUGACUGGAAACUAUUGCCUGAUUGAAUGUGAAUUUUACAAAAACUAUGUCUCAGACAAAAAUUAAGCUAAAAGAUCUUAACAUCCAUUUAACUUGUGUAUUGUGUGGAGGUUAUUACAUUGAUGCAACCACUAUCAUUGAGUGCCUUCAUUCAUUUUGUAAAACUUGUAUUGUCCAGUAUUUAGAUACUCAUAAAUUUUGUCCUAUAUGUGAUGCUCAAGUUCACAAAACUCGUCCUCUUUUGAAUAUUAGAUCAGACCAAACUCUUCAAGAUAUUGUGUAUAAAUUAGUUCCUGGAUUAUUUAAAAAUGAAAUGAAACGUAGAAGAGAAUUCUAUGCGCAACAUCCUGAAGUUGUGCCUGCGUCGAGUGAAGAAAGAGGCGAAGUGUUGGGUGGCGAGAGAUUGAUCUUUUCUCCCAAAGACAUGAUCAGCAUAUCAAUGGAAUAUUGUCCUAUAGGUGUGCUAUUUCCUCAUUUGCAGGGGAAUCAAAUUUCUAACAUUAGUAGCUCACAGAGUCAUCGUCGAUACCUUUAUUGUCCCGGCGCAUUAACUAUAGCCCACUUGAAAAAAUUGAUUCAUGCCAAAUAUAAUCUCCUCCCCAAACAGCAGGUUGAUAUACUAUACAUGCACGACUACCUCUUUGAUGAAUAUACCAUGAUGGAUUUAGCAUACAUAUAUUCUUGGAGAAGGAACGAACCAAUUCGACUCUUCUACAAGAUAUAUAACAAACCAACCGACAAAGACACUUUAAGGGAAAGCAACGAUAACACUUGCAAAGGCAUAGAAAAGCAGCGGGUGAAUGACAGUCAUCUGAUUCUCAAUGGCAACGACCGGACGCAUCAGAACACGCCGAAUUCCAAGCCGGUUCCAAUCCACGGCGUAGACAAGAAAGAGGUGAGGGAUGCAAUCUGGAACUACAUGAAACCCUCAAACCAGACAGAGUGCGAUCUGAAAUGCAUCGAUCAAACUUUUGACAAAGACGGUUUUGUGGACACCAACGGCAAGAUUCUAAACGAACUAGAAAACUGCAUCACAAACAAGGUUUUCUGAGAUGGUCCUACUAUAUAUAAACAUUUUAACAGUGUGUAUAGCUUACAUUAAAUGUAUAAUCUGUUCAGAUAGUUCUAUAAGAGAAAAAUAAUUAUUUUUACUAUAUAUAUAUAUUAUACAUAAAGAUUAGAUGAUAGAUGUAAGAUAGAUUGUAUUUUUGUAAUAUGAAUCUUUUCUAACCUCACUUAUUUAUUGAAGAACAUCUUUCAUCCUAUUGUUUUGUUUGUAAAGCAUUCAGACAAACUUUUUCGUCCAAUUGUAAAUAGAAUCGUAGUUGCAAAUCGUUGUCACAAAUGUAAAAAUCAUGACAUCCACAUCAUUAUACACCGGGCAGGACACGUUAUCGUCGGUGGACGAAAGAUAGGGUUGUGCACCAACGUGGCAAGAGUCGAUUUUUUAUAUAUAUGUAUUAUAUAUAUAAAAGUUGUUAAAGUACGAAAUUAUUUUCUUACACAAAAAAAUA